UGAUAUUUAUUAUCUCUAGAUAUACCGUAAAAUGAAUUACAUAAUUUAUAAGUAUACACUCCAUGUUAAAUACUUCGCGUUUAAACGUAGUUUUCUUUCGCAUUGAAUUGUUGAAAACUGAAAAGACAACGCGAUCGUUCUUCACUGACUGACGACAACUGUUUCUGUUUUUUUUUUUUUUUAUGUUCCGGAUUCACUGUUAAACCCAUGAAGCCUAUUAGUGAUGUCAGAGUUGUUAAAACAUCAGAGUCAGCAUUUAUCAAGCCAUUUUCCAUCCUGUUUAAACGAGGAGGACAUGAAAUUAAAUGGGAUCUAAUUGAUAGUCAUAAUGGAGUAUAUGUGAUAAUUUAUAACAGAACCAGAAAUACAUUGGUGUGUGUUAAACAAUUUAGACCGGGUGUCUAUUAUAAAAGUAUUCCUGAAAAUGAUAGACCUAAAGAAGGUCUCAUUGACAUUGACAAAUAUCCACCUAGCUUAGGACUGACUGUAGAAUUUUGUGCCGGUAUUGUGGACAAAAAUAAAAGUCUAGAAGAGAUAGCAGUUGAUGAAAUACGAGAAGAAUGUGGUUAUGAAGUUAAAGUAUCUGACAUUCAAAAAAUUAUCAGUUGUAGGUCUUCGGUAGGUUCAUCUGGUUCAGUCAUGACAUUUUUUUAUACUGAAGUCACUGAUCAAAUGAAAAUUUCUGAAGGAGGUGGUCUAGAACACGAAGGAGAAGACAUUGAGGUUGUUGAAUAUACUAUACCACAAAUCAGAGACAUAAUUACACAAUCAGAAGUUCUAAAUGUGUCAGCUAGCUUUCUUUUUGGAAUGAUGUGGUUUUUGACUAACAAGAUUGUUUUGUGUACUUAAAUGGCAAGAAAUUACAAUGUUAAUUCAAAAUUUUAUAUAAAUCUUAAUAUAUGUUAAACACAUAGGUACAUGAAUACUUAUAAAAUAUUAGUUACA